CACUGACCUACGACCUAUUGCAUGGCUUACUGUGAGUGAAGAAGUAGAGCUGUCCACAAGACGUCUUGAACUUGAAGCGUUCUAGAGAUGGGUAGGACGGUGAUAGCCGAAGAUCUGUUACAGGACAGAAUACAGGAGAUUCUGAAGACUUCUGGCAAAGGAAUAACAACUGGACUUCUUGUGGGGCAGCCCCAUGGACAGAAGCGUGAGGACUAUGUGGUGCAUCUCAUCAGGACUCCUCAGAUCGAGGAGGACUCACAACAGGCUGGCAAGAAAAAGAAGAAGGGAUCCACAAAACCAGAGGGUCUAGACUCUCAGUGGAUAGCAGAACAUGCAAAACAGGUGCAGAGAAUGCUCCCUGGGGGAUUGAACAUCCUGGGUAUCUUUGUUGUGUUGCCUUCAGAAGAGAGCAGGAGUAUCCAGUCCCAACUGGUCCAGGUCCUGUACACAGUCCACAAGACUCUCCUGAAGACUCCCUGGCAGAAGGCUGUGAGAACAGGGGGUGAAGAGGAGGAGGAACAGCACAGAAUAGUGCUACAGAUAUGUAGUGUCACCAAGAAAUUUACUACAAAGACAUUCAACGUUGUAGAUCCAAGGGACAGCGGUACUGUGGCAGAGUGGAAGUUCCAGUCGUUUGUGAGCCAGUGGCCUCUGCUGCACACUGCUGUAACUGUCAACAUCAACAUUCCUGUACUGAGGGGGGAGGCAACAAAGACUCUACACCAGCAGUUAGAUACUUCCAUCGGUCCAUUCUGUGAGUGCAUUAUGCAGGGUUUGUGCACCUUCAAUGGUGUUCUAAGGAAGGGAGACCAACCUCUACAGGCGCAGGAACCACCACAGGGCAAGAAGGGCCAUGGUAAAGGAAAGGGAAGACACAAGGAGUCUAAGACAUCCCACCAGCCCACCAGUGAUGGUCCUGAGAUGUUCUGUGUACAGAUUCUCUCUAAGGCAACAAAUAACAAGUCCAAGGAGGCCAUGGUGACAGAAUGUGGAGGGACUGUGUUCAUUCGGGGACUUAUACAAGCUAGAGCGUAUGUGCAUAGCAAAGCAACUGUCGCACAGGCAUCACAGGCAAUAAGAGAGGAUGUAGUGAGAAGCCUGACUGCCAGGUGUGAGCUACUUGCUGAGGAUGUGUUGGAAGUUAAGGACUUUACAGCAGAUCGAGAGGAGAUGGACAUCACCCCUCGGCGUGUGUUUGGGCAGCUGUAUGACACGCACCUGUCCGUGUGUGACUACAUGUUUGAGGAUGAGGGUGUGGAGGACUGUAUAGCCAGGUGUCAGGAGCUGCUGGAUAUCUCCCUGGCUCCGGAUGAUGUGGAGAAUGAUGCUGAGAGACUACCAGAACCAGAAGAGUUAGAGAAGCCCCUGUGUGACAUGCUGGGAGAGGAGGAGGAGGAGGAUACAGAUGGGGAGGAGGUGGUUAAUGCUCAGGCAUCAUGGGAAAAGUGGAAGAAGAGUUAUAUUGGUACAAUGAUUGGGGCAGGCAUAGCUGUGGUCGUCUCUGGCUUCUUUAUGUACCUAGAAUACUGAACUGUUUCACCAGCUUAUACUAGGGCUGGAUAAAUAUUUUACCAUAAUGACAUACAUUAUAACAAAAGGAUUUGUUGUUUAUUUGUCUACGGAGUGUAAUCUGAUGGGACCAUAACAGAUGAUAAUGUAGUGUUAUAUUUCAGUUUCAAAAUUAAUUAAGUUUAUUUGUUAGUGAAGAAAUUCUAUUUUUUCUUGCCACAAUUGUGUCUUCUUUUAUUGGAUAAUUUGUUAAGAAAAUGUAUGAAUAUCAACAAUCUGAUAGGAAAAUUUAUCAAGAAACCUUAGGAAUUGUACUGUAUACUAAGGCUGUAAAUUUUGCUUAUUGUGAUGGGAAAAAAUCACCAUAUGUCAAAGAAAACUGAAUCGUUACUACAAAUGUAUGAAAAUGUACUUUCCUGAGCGUAAAGUGACUUAAUAAUGGUUUAAUAAAAUUAACUGCAUGGACUCCUAAACAAUGAGUGGGACGAAAAACAGACCGCCAUGCUCAGUAUACAAUAUUGUACAUACUGGUGGUCACAGUAUAAAAUACUGACAUGUACAAAGCCAUGUACAUUAAAAAUUAACCCAAUGAAAACCUUUUGUAAUAUGUGAAAUAUAACUCCAAGAUUCUCUAAAGUGAUUUGCGUAACGGCGACACUGGGUUUGAGUGUUAUCUUUAUUGACCCAAAAUGUGUUACAUGUUCUACAAUACUAGCCUGCAUGGGUACAACACUCAUGAUUUUAUACCUGCUUUCACUGACUCAUCACUCACUGACCAUCAUACUACAAAUGUAUGUGGACAGCGCUAUGUUCCUACAUCACCAUUAGUUUCAAACCCCUCCAUGUUCCCCAUGUGAUUCCGUUUAGCCUCCAUUGCAGAGCCAUUGCUCAAAGCAUGGCUGUUAAGGAGUUUCCUUGAGGAUUUGCUUCAAUGCAGGGCGAAACUCCUUCCACUGCAAUGUACCUUUCUAGGCAAACUCCCUUUCUUGGAAUGUAAGAACCUAAGCCAACUUUGAAAUUUGCCAACCAGAGCCACCCCUAUCCCCCAUAAAAUGAGAGCCAGCCUUGCACAAAGUCUGUGAAGGAGGCUAGCUUCUGUUAGGGCAAGGACUUCUAUAAAACGUCCUUGGUUAGGGUUAGGGUUAGUGAGUGUCAAACAUAGGAGUGUAACCGGGGCUGUCUCGAGUCUUAAACAUCUGCAUUCACAAGAUUUCUACUAUUUGUGUAUGAGAGGUAAACAUAAUGAUUGUAAAAUGCAUGUAACAUGGGUGCAGCUAUGUAACUAAAGACUCUAUUUUCUUUUCUGGGACUAUGAUGAACUUGAGGAAAUUAUGUGCCAAUUACUUCUACUUAAGGAAUGUAAAAUUUGUUGUCUUAGAUCUAGCUCACUCUGUAUCCAUGAUUACACAUUGAAUGCGCAAUUGCUGUAGCAACAUUAUAUGUUUCAUGCUCAAGAACAUGAAUACAAUGUACAUUGAGGUUAA